GAGAAUCACCCCAAGAUGUCUUGGCAGAAGUGCAGCUCCGGCGGCUCCUGCACGACCGUGCAGGGCGAGGUUGUCAUCGACUCCAACUGGCGCUGGGUCCAUGACAAGAAUGGCUACACCAACUGCUACACGGGCAACGAGUGGAACACGACCAUCUGCUCCGACGCCAAGUCGUGCGCCGCUAACUGCGCUCUGGACGGUGCCGACUACUCGGGCACUUAUGGUGUCACGACCAGUGGCAAUGCCCUCACCCUCAAAUUUGUUACCAAGGGCUCCUACUCCACCAACAUCGGCUCCCGCCUGUACAUGAUGGCCAGCUCGACCAAGUAUCAGAUGUUCACGCUGCUCGGGAAUGAGUUCACGUUUGAUGUGGACGUCUCGAAACUUGGUUGCGGUCUCAACGGCGCUCUGUACUUCGUUGCCAUGGACGAGGACGGUGGCAUGUCCAAGUACUCGGCCAACAAGGCUGGCGCCAAGUACGGCACUGGCUACUGCGAUGCGCAAUGCCCGCGCGACCUGAAGUUCAUCAACGGCCAGGCGAACUCUGCUCAGUGGACUCCCUCGUCCAACGACCAGAACGCCGGUGUCGGCCAGUACGGCUCUUGCUGCGCAGAGAUGGAUAUCUGGUACGCCAACUCUAUCUCGGCGGCCGUGACUCCUCACCCCUGCGAAACAGUUGAGCAGCACCAGUGCGAGGGCGAUAGCUGUGGCGGCACCUACUCCGGCGACCGCUAUGGUGGCGACUGCGACCCCGACGGCUGCGACUUCAAUGCCUACCGCCAGGGUGUCAAGGACUUCUACGGCCCCAGCAUGACGGUCGACACGACCAAGAAGUUCACCGUGGUCACCCAGUUCAUCAAGGGCAGCGAUGGCGAGCUCUCUGAGAUCAAGCGCUUCUACGUUCAGGACGGAAAGGUGAUUGAGAACGCCAACAGCACGAUCCCCAACAACCCGGGCAACAGCAUCACGCCCGACUUCUGCAAGGCCCAGAAGGUGGCCUUUGGCGACCGCGACGUCUUCAACGAGAAGGGCGGCUUCCCCCAGUUCAGCAAGGCCGUCCAGACCCCGAUGGUGCUGGUCAUGUCGCUGUGGGACGACCACUACGCCAACAUGCUCUGGCUCGACUCGACCUACCCCGUCGACGCCGACCCGAGCGAGCCCGGCAAGGCCCGCGGCACCUGCGACACCAGCUCGGGCGUGCCCAAGGACGUCGAGGCCAACCAGGCCAGCAACCAGGUCAUCUACUCGAACAUCAAGUUCGGCCCCAUCGGCUCGACCUUCAAGCAGUCGUAAGGUUGUGCGGCAGUGAAAUUUGG